CAGAUGGCGAUAAUAAGUUGCACCUACAGGUUGGUUGCCAGCCGCCAGUAACCGUGAUAAAGAAGAAGAACUCCUGAAGCCUUUCUGCGGUUAACUUGAAAUGGUUACCUGCUGCUCGGUUGCUAAGUAACGGUGGCUAAAACGUCGCUGUGGUGAGAAUCUCGGCCACUUCCGGUUUGCAGUGUUUAUGUUUCUGGCGACUCGUUCUGUUUGCGCAUGCGCACCUCAUACACAAGGAUACACUGUGAAUAAAGUGAUAAAAGUGAUAAAAACGAGUUUAAGCAAGGAGAGGAAAGUCGUGACAGGGCUUGCACAAGCUGGACCAGCUGAUAAAGUGAAAGCAAACAGGGGAGCAAAGUGCAGGAUGGUGGAGGAACCAGCAGAGGACCCUGGGGGUAGCCACGCCCCUUUAAGAUCACCUCGCAGAUUGAGGAGGGGCCAUGUUAAAGUGGAGUACGAGGACCAGGCGGGACUCAGCUUUAAGAAAGAGCGAUGGGAGCCACCUGAUUGGAGGAGACAGCUGGGAUUCAUCAGGGAGAUGAGGAGUGGUCGUGACGCUCCGGUGGACCAGAUGGGGGCGGAGAAGUGCUACGACCGAAAGGCUCCGCCCGAGGUUAUGCGUUAUCAGGUGCUGGUCUCUCUGAUGUUGUCCAGUCAGACCAAGGAUCAGGUGACGGCUGCAGCCAUGGAGCGACUGCGUGCACACGACCUCAGCGUGACCUCUGUUCUCAACAUGGACGAGAACAAACUGGGCAAACUGAUCUACCCUGUAGGAUUCUGGAAGACGAAGGUGAAGUACCUGAAGCAGGCGACUGAGAUGAUCCACCGCGAGUAUGGAGGUGACAUCCCGGACACGCCCGAGGGUUUGGUGCGUCUUCCCGGGGUUGGCCCCAAGAUGGCGCACCUGGCCAUGGACAUCGCGUGGAAGCGCGUCUCCGGCAUCGGAGUGGACACACACGUUCACCGGAUCUCUAACAGGCUGGGAUGGACUCGUACCGCCACCAAGAACCCGGAGGUGACCCGGCGAGAACUGGAAGAGUGGCUGCCCAGAGACCUGUGGAGCGAGAUAAACUGGCUGCUGGUGGGGUUCGGACAGCAGGUCUGUUUACCUGUCUCACCCCUGUGCUCCACCUGUCUGAACCAGAACAACUGUCCCUCCGCCCACGCCGUCUCACCGACCCGCCGGCCCAAACCCGGCUCUCCGCUGUCUCCCAGGGACCCUGCAAUACUGCUGAAGAACUCUGAGAUAAAGGCGGAGACGUCCAUGCUACAGAUAAAGGAGGAACCAGACACCAUUCCCUUUUCCGUCUCUCGUCCAGGGCGGAAAACGGAAAAAAAGACAAGGACGAAAGCGGCGUGCACGGGAAAGAGAAGCGAAGAGAGUAGAGAUGGAAAGAAUGUUGCCCGGGCACAGAGAACACGCACAGAGUGUAGACGUCGAUGAGAAAGCAAAAAUCUUCAGGAGGGGACAGACAUGAUCUCUUAAAACAUGAAAGACAUGAAACUGUGUUAAAGUCUAAACAAAACAAGUGUGUACUGUUAACUUCUUAUAUUCUAUCUUUUUUUUUGUUUUUCUAAAUAAAUGAUGUGUAUUUCCAAA